UCGCAAUUUGUGAGCGGACGCCCGUAAAUACCGCACACUUUAUAGGCACUUGAUUGAUCUCCUUUCAUUUCUCACUUGUUCAAUUCACUCCUUUGUAGCAGUAUUACUUAUUGUGCAAAGAAAGAAUAGAGAUGGAGUCAAUAUUUAUUAUAAGAAUAAUCCCACAACUCUGUACACAGAAGAAUAACCAAAAGUUUCUUACUAGCCACAAGCUAUCCUAACCUUAAUGACCAAGUCAAGGAAUGAAUUUUCUCUUCUUUUGUCUCCACUAUCUUCAUGUUUUCUCUAUUCUGGCCCCCCCAAUAUACCACUUUUAUUUUUUAUGUUUUGUCUCAAAAAUCAAGAUCAUAGUAUAUCAUGCCGAAAUCACAUGGAGGGGUUCUUGUUCCUUUCGUUCUCUUAUUAAUUUGGACUAAUAUGGUUGCCCAGAAAUCUCUUGUAUUUGGGCUCAUUGAUCGUGAUGAUAUCUCAAGAAGACCUGACCCUCUGCACCAGUUAAAGUCAUAUAAUGGAACUUACAAUCUUGGCGACAAGCACUAUUGGGCUUCUGCGGCUUACACCGGCAUCCAUGGCUAUGCAAUUGCUGGGAUAUGGUUAUUAUUUGGUUUGGGUUUUGGAAGUUACAUCCUUUUUAAGUAUUUUCAUGGCAAUUCAACUCCAAUUGUUGAGUAUCCGCCUUCGUCCUAUAUUUUGAUGUUCUCGCUGGUUGUUCUGUUUACCAUCCUUGCCAUAGUUGCAAGCAGUGUUAUUUUGGCUGCAAACAAUGGUUUUGAACAUAGAGUCGAGAGGCUUCGCCAAACAAUUUUUGAAGCUGGUGGGGAUACUCGUCAUACCAUUAGAAGGGUAAUAAAGGUUUUGCUAAAUAUGCAAACUCUUUUAGGCCCUUAUAAUUCACAGGCAGACCAGAUGUUGAAUGUGACAACCCAUAGGCUUCGAAGAGGUUCUAUUACGAUUCAACAGUUUGUUGACAAAACCCGACACACAAGCAAUGAAGCAAUUAGAACUCUGUAUGUUGCAAAUAUUGUUGUUGUCACUAUCAAUUUGGUACUUUUGGUUACUGCAUUAGUUUUGCUCGUUUGGCACUGGCCUCUCGGAUUUAUAAUAAUAAUCUUGUGCUGCUGGAUUUUGACAACUCUUAGUUGGGUGCUGACUGGCUUUGAUUUCUUCUUCCAUACCUUUGCAGAAGACACAUGCUCAGCUUUGGAGGACUUUCAGCAGAAUCCUCAGAACAAUAGCUUGCAACUUAUACUUCCCUGUGCAGAAUCUGGAACUUCUGACAAAAUUUUAGUGCAGAUUGGCUCCACUGUUCAUAAUUUCAUUACUCAGCUAAAUUCGAAGUUGAGAGAGGUACAAGGGUUAGGAUCAAACGAUAUCGGGGAAAAUAGCUCAGGAACGAGAGGAGUUUGCAAUCCCUUCUCCGGUGCACCUAAUUACAUCUUUACACCUGAUCUCUGUCCUAAGGAUACUAUUCCAAUUGGAGAACUGAAAUAUGUUCUAUCAAGAGUUACAUGUUAUGGAGAAAAUUCCACAGGCAAUUGCGCGGGUGAAGGAAGAUUUAUCCCACAGGCCUCAUCCGUGAUAUUAUUUGCUUACACCCAAUCUAUUCAAGACCUGAUUGAAAUAUUCCCUGAUUUGCUGAGCCUAACUCAGUGCUCAAAAGUAAAACAAGCAUUCGCAAACAUUUUACAGCACCAGUGCAGGCCAUUUAGACGCUCAGCACGAAUACUAUGGUCAUCUAUGUUGUCACUUUCAAUUAUCAUGGUACUUCUGGUAUUGACAUGGAUAGUAAAAGCUCAUCAAGAAACAGGAAGAAGCUUCAAUACGUGUUCCAUUAUCCCUAAAUCAGCCUAACAAUACAUAGAAACUUGCCCAAUUGUAGUUAUUCUGCAGGCAAUGUAGAGAAGAUAUAGAUGGUUUGCUUUUUUUUUUUGGUUUGCAGUUAUAGUUGAAGUAUACAGUAUACUCCUUCCCCUGAAGUCGCAAGACGCCAAACAAAUGGGGGUAAGGUACACAGAAAUAGAUAAUGUCUACCCAACUUGUACUCGAUUUAUUGUUUCUUGUCAUGGACUUUAGUGUACCAAACUGUACAUAUUUUGGCAUGAAUGGUGAUUGAUGGGUACUCGAGGCUAAGUGUUGGCCAUGUAAAUUUGCUUAA